CGCAGAAACAGGGCUUGGUUCUGCCAAUCUUCAUCCCCAUAACAGCUCGGGCUGCCAUUGGAGAGCCCGCUGGCGAGAACGAGCAGGAGGAGGAGGACGCAGGAGAUAACGCAGUCAAUCCGCUGACGAACGAACGCAGUGUCCGCCGCCUCGGCCGAUGUAACCAGGCAGCUUAUGCUGGAGACAUAGACACAUAGAAAUAGGACAUUAGAAACUUGGUUAUUUAAAUAAAAAGGCGCAGAGGAAGGCGAGAAAAUGGGGCAUACCGCAAUUCCCGUCCUGGUGGCUGUAUUGUCCUACUGCGUGUUGGAAAACGUCGAGGCUUUUGCCAUGACCGAGGUGAAUGGGCCGGGUCCCCAGCUGGCGGAGCCACAGAUCGCCAUGUUCUGUGGCCGACAGCUCAUGCACAUGAACUUAAAGACCGGGCAGUGGGAGCCGGACCCUCAGGGCCGCCAGGGCUGCUUCAAAGAUCCCAACGAAAUCCUGUCAUACUGUCAGGAGAUGUACCCAGUGCUUCCAAUCUCACACAUAGAGGAGUCUAAAAGACCCGUAACCAUCCAGGCCUGGUGCAAGAAAGGGUUGGACCACUGUCAGACGCGCCCCUUGAUCGUCCUGCCCUACCGCUGUGUGGAAGGCGAAUAUGUAAGCGAGUCCCUGCUGGUGCCCGACAGAUGUCGUUUCCUCCACCAGGAGCAGAUGAACAUCUGUGAGAGUUAUGUCUACUGGCACAACAUUGCCAAGGAGGAAUGCACCGCUGAGAAUCUCGAGCUCCACAGCUACGGGAUGCUGCUGCCAUGCGGAGACCACUUCCGAGGCGUCGAAUAUGUCUGCUGUCCGGGCCGGAGCAGCUCAAACGGAAAAGGAGAGACAGAGGAAAAGGAUGUGCCUCAGACGCUCGCGUCCCAGACAGCCGGAAAACUCAACUCAGUCGCCAAGGCGAUGGUCCCCACUCCGAGCCCCUCUCCGGAAACGGACCUGGACGAGGUCGACAUGGAGGACGAGGACGACGAAGUGAUAGAUGAGGAGGAAGAGGAGGAAGAAGAGGAAGACGACGUCAAUGAGGACGAGGCAGAAGAAGAGGAGGAAGAAGAAGAAGACGAAGAAGAAGAGACAGCGGCUGUGAAGGACCGGGAGGAGUACGAAUACCCUUUUGAGUUGGGUCCUUACCAGACGUCCGACUACUUGGACUCGUUUUACAACGACAAAAGCCACAAACCCACCACCUCUGCCCCUCUGGUCAGGGGAGACAGCUUCACCACAACUCGCCCCACGGAUGGGGUUGAUGUUUACUUUGAGAAGCCUGUGGACGACACGGAGCACGCCAACUUCCUACGUGCCAAGACCGACCUGGAGGAGCGCAGGAUGAAGCGCAUUAAUGAGAUAAUGAAGGAGUGGGCAGAGGCUGACAACCAGUCCAAAAACCUGCCAAAGCUAGAGCGGCAGGGCCUGAACGAGCACUUCCAGUCUGUGCUGCAGACGUUGGAGGAACAGGUCGCCGGGGAGAGGCAGAGGCUGGUGGAGACUCACCUCGCCAGAGUCGAGGUCAUUCUCAACAACAACCGCCGCCUGGCGUUGGAGAACUACCUGACAGCUGUGCAAGCUGAUCCCCCUCAGCCUGAGCGCGUGCUGCAGGCUCUGAAACGCUACAUGGCUGCAGAGCAGAAGGACCGCAGACACACUCUGAGGCACUACCAGCACAUCGUGGCAGUCGACCCGCAGAAAGCUGAGCAGAUGAAAUUCCAGGUUUACACACAUCUCCAUGUUAUUGAGGAGAGGAUGAACCAGAGUCUUGCUCUGCUUUACAAGGAUCCAACAUUAGCUGAGGAGCUGCACGGUGACAUCCAGGAGCUUGUCAAGGCGGAGCGAGGGGACAUCAGUGAACUCAUGACCACUUCCUUCUCUGAGACUCGGACCACCGAAGAGCUCGUACCGGCAGAGAGCGAGGAAGAGAAGGAUGAUGAAGAGGAGGAGGAGAGGGCCUUCCAGAACCGCCCCUAUCCUCCUCGCAUUGAUUUACAGUCUAAUAAGAAAGAGGAUGAGUACGAUUACACCACAUCUGAGAGAGGUCCUACUUAUGAAUAUGAAGAAAAGAUUAACACCUCUGCUGAGCUGAAACAGGUACUCAAGCCCAAUGAGAUCGCAAGAGACGAACUGCAACCUGAUGCCCUGGACACGUUUAACCGUGGCGCCAUGGUUGGGUUGCUGGUGGUGGCCGUAGCCAUCGCCAUGGUGAUGGUCAUCAGCCUGCUUCUGGUGCGCAGAAAGCCAUACGGCACUAUUAGCCAUGGCAUUGUGGAGCAGGUCGAUCCCAUGUUGACACCGGAGGAAAGGCAGCUCAACAAAAUGCAAAACCACGGCUACGAGAACCCCACCUACAAGUUCUUUGAGCAGAUGAACUGAAGCACUGGAUGCUACCAGCAAGUCAUGCCUGACCACAUUUUGUCCCUCCAAACCCCCCUC